AUGCAAGAAAAAUCACGUAAUGGACCUAAACGUACACAUCCAGGAAACCAUUUCUUUCCUGUAAAUUCCAUUUGUACAUGCUCCAUAUUGUAUAGGUACAAGACAUUAGCACAGCAUACCCUUGAUUGGGUUGAAGAAUUCCUUAUGCAAUAUCCAGGAACAAACCGGUUUAUAAGCUCAACCUAUUUAGAUACUCAUAUCGACGGACAUU